AUGAGUAAAAUCGAAAAUUCGUCGGAAGCCGCCGCGCCCAGCGUGGCGAUCCACGUGGAGCAAUAUGAUAACCAAGACAUGGAGAACUCAAAACUCCUCGACCUACACGCUCCAGCGCCGAUGAUAACGCCCUCUGGGCAAAUGCGCAAAGUGAAGAGCUUCAGUGAUACACACAGAAUUCGUGAUGUAACAACAGCUUCGGGUGCAGCAUCCGCGCGGUGUCUGCGGCCUUACGAACAAGUAGCCACUUAUCCUGAAGGAUCUGACAGUGGCACCAACAACUAUGCUCCGUCCGUCCGGUCCCUGGCCUCUAUUGGCAUGGGAUGCACGGAUGGCCGCAAAAUGGUUAUAAGACGGGUACCAACAUCGCCCACAGAAUUGUUUCAUCUAGUUCGUCCUCCUACGCCCCCCGACGAAGAUACAGCCUCACAUGAGAGUGACUGCGAAGAGGAAGAGGAGGACACUACAGCUCAUCUAAAACCCCGCCGACCAUUCUGGGCCAACAAAAUACAAUUUGUAUUGGCGUGCGUUGGCUACUCUGUUGGUCUCGGCAAUGUGUGGAGGUUCCCUUACCUGUGCUACAAAAGCGGAGGAGGAGCGUUCCUUAUACCUUAUUUUAUAAUACUCUUAGUAUGCGGUGUGCCAAUGCUUUUCAUGGAAUUGGCCGUGGGCCAGUACACGGCUCACGGUCCCAUUGGUGCCUUGUCACAAAUUUGCCCUCUCUUCAAAGGUGCGGGCUUAGCAAGCGUAGUGAUCUCAUUUCUAAUGUCCACGUACUACGCGGUGAUUAUAGCGUGGGCUAUCUAUUACUUUUUCACGUCGUUCAAGACAGAGGUCCCGUGGGCGAGCUGUUCGAACCGAUGGAACACGCCGCAGUGCUGGGUGCCCAAUCACAACAUGACUAAACCCAAUGGCUCCCAGACGCCCACCGAACAGUUCUUCGAGAAAAAGGUACUGAGCAUGAGUGCCGGUAUAGAAUACCCAAAUGGAAUGCGGUGGGAAUUGGCGGCUUGCUUGGUCUGUGCUUGGGUGCUAGUUUACUUCGCUCUGUGGAAAAGUAUCAAAUCUUCCGCCAAAGUACGCUAUAUCACCACCACAUUGCCCUUUCUGCUAAUUAUAGUUUUCCUCGGACGAUCGUUAACGCUAGACGGAGCUGAUAAAGGUCUGAGAUUCUUCUUCAAGCCAGAAUGGGAACUAUUAAAACAGUCAAGACCAUGGGUUAACGCAGCCUCACAAAUAUUUAACUCAAUCGGUGUUGCUUUUGGAUCGAUGAUAAUGUUCGCUUCUUACAAUCGAUUCGAUAAUAAUUUCCUCCACGAUACUGUGGCUGUCUCACUAAUCAAUGCAAUCACUAGUCUCAUCGUGGGGAUCUUCACGUUUGCCACUAUUGGAAACAUUGCCUUUGAACAAAAUACUCCUGUUAAAGAUGUCAUCGCUGACAGUCCUGGAUUAUUAUUUGUCGUGUAUCCGCAAGCAAUUGCAAAAAUGCCCGCGUCACAACUAUGGGCAGUGCUAUUCUUCUUUAUGUUCCUUUGUCUUGGACUAAACAGCCAGUUCGCAAUCGUUGAAGUGGUGGUGACGUCAAUUCAAGAUGGGUUCCCUGACAUGAUACGCAGAAGACUCGUGUACCACGAGUUGUUAGUGCUGUGUGUGUGUGGAGUGUCGCUAGUGUUCGGGCUGCCACACAUUAUACACAGCGGCAUUUAUGUGUUCCAACUGAUGGACUACUACGCCGCAUCACUCAGCAUCACAUAUCUAGCCUUCUUCGAAGUCGUGGGGAUUGCUUGGUUCUACGGCGUGGGCAGAUUGUCUAGAAACAUUAAACAAAUGACGGGUCGUCGUCCUUCGCUAUAUUUCCGAGUGUGUUGGCUGGUUGCGACACCGGCGCUACUUCUCGCGCUGUGGGUGGCCAGUCUGGUGGACUACACUCCGCCAAGCUACCGACAGUACCAGUAUCCGACGUGGGCGCAGGCGCUCGGUUGGAUCAUCGCUUCUCUCUCACUUCUAUGCAUUCCAGUAUACGCUGUAUUUGUCGUAGUCAAGUCCCCGGGAAAUAACUGGAGAGAGAAAUUCCGUCACUCCAUUCGUCCGACAUCUCUAUGUGAAUGCGGUGUCACUGGAUGCGACAUUUGUUACUCGGACUCCGAGCAACCGGACGAUAAACCUGCUAUCAACUAG